AUGAAGAAACAAAGCCACUUGGACGCAGAGAGACAGCCACUUCAUGGGCGCGAGAGUUCAAGGAAUUUUGAUUUAGUAGGAGUAAUAAUCAAUACCGUUACAAUUCUUACCCUUUCUCUCUCUCUCCCCCUCCCCCCCGGGCAGGUCAAGAAGAACCAGCAGCGCGCCCUCAUGAUCCUGGAGAGCAAGAACAUUCCGUUCGUGACCAUCGACAUCACCGACCCGGGCUGCGAGGACUCCAAGGAUUACAUGAACGAGAACGCCAGGCCCAAAGGGAACAACAAGGUGCCCAUGACGCCGCAGAUCUUCAAUGACGCCGAGUAUUGCGGGGACUUCGAAGACCUCGACAUGGCCAACGAAACGGACACACUGGGCGAGUUCCUCAAACUCACAGACGAAGAGAAGAAAAGCAUCAAGAUCGGCAUCACGAGUCUCUUACCCGAAGAGAGAGCCAAGCAACAACAGGAGGGGGAGAAGAUGACCAAUGGCGUGUCAGCCAGUCGAGAGGCUGAGGUGAACGAGGUACCAGCUGCCGCAACUGAAUCCACCACAGAAGACAAAGGGUUGAGAGAAACGGAAGAUGUCAGUGGAAUGGUGAAUGAGGAACCAGCGGCAGAAGGUGUUGAUGCAGAAGUGGUCUCCGAAGAAUUGAAAGAAGAGAGUGUUGAAGGGAAGGAAGCUGCUGGUGAGGUUGAGGAAGAGAAAGAGAAAGAGGAGGAGGAGGAAGGAGAGGAAGAGGAAGAGGAAGAGGAAGAAGAGGAGGAAGGUGAGGCAGGAGAAGCAGACACAUCAACGAAAGUCAAAGAAGUGGAAGAGGAGGAAGCCGAAGCAUAGAGACGAUCAUAGACCUUAAGACAAAAUCUACACUAAGCCUGCCAGUCACCAAUCAGACCUGACGAAAGGGAAAGUAGGAGACAGCCAGUGGUAUACACAUUAGUGAUCCAUCAACGCAGUGAAACGCAACAAGAGGAGAAUCUCACUACCUGCUUGAGAUUGGGCCCAUACCAUUUAUCAUCUGAUUUCUUGUUUUUCUUUCUUUUCUUUUUUUUUGUGAGUGAGAUGACCAGAUGGCGAGCAACAGAGCAUUUUGAAUACCACUGCCAACAAGCUGCUCACAGCCAACUCCUUGUAUGGUGAAGAUAAAGAAUGAAAAGAUUUUAAAAAAGGGAAAAAAAUUACUGCAUUCUACGACAGGUUAUGUAAAACUACCAACCCUUUCUCUAAUGACUUCAUUCACAAGCCCAUUUCAACCGUGUUCCUAUACUUUACAUGACAAACCAUAUUGCCUGGGUGUGUCCUGGAGCCGAAAAUUGCCUACUCGGUUUAAGAAAAAACAAAUAAACAAAAAAAAAAAAAAAAAAAAAAAAAAAAAAAGCGAAAGACAGACACAACAUUAUCUCAUCGUCUUGAUAUUACGUACACAUUUGUACUGCAUGGACUACACUUCUCCUAUGAUGCUCUCUCUCACUUUUCAAUCCUUCCAGACUAAUUACUUUGUAGAUCUGUUGUGAUCUCUAAUGAAGAUCCUAAUUAAAUGAACUAUUUUAGCUCCUGGUAUCAUCUUUACGAAAAGGAUAUACUCUCUGUAUACUCAUAUAAAUCAGUAUUACUAAAUGAUAUGACUCAUCCUUAUAAUUGAUGUUAUUAUAAGUAUGUAUUUAUGAUUUAUUCAUAAAUAUUGAAAUCCAAAGGACGUUGGCAAUGUUCGGCGAUGCAAUAAAUUGAUGAUAAAAUUUUGCUGGUUCUUUUCCAGCAUCUUUGCGAAUAUUUUUUUUGAAAAGUAUAUAUGGCCAGUGAUUGCAAAAAUGAAAAAAAUGAAAAAAAAUGAAAAAAAAAAAGUUUAUAGGUGCAAGAUCCUCAAGGGAAGCAGACAAUAAAUAUAUAAGAAAGUUGAUAUGUAUGUAUUUAAAUUACCAUCUCUGAUGUGCGUAGGAGUUGCAGAAAACAAAACUUGAUAAGUGCAAUAAAUGACUAAUGAUAUAAAAAAAGAUAACACUGCCACUACCUGUGUGUUGUGACAGGUUGUGAUGAAGUUGUAUGUUAUUCACAUGCCAGGAACCUGCCACAUUUAUAUGCAAUUUAAGUGUAUCUUGAGCAUACACACACACACAAACACUUACA